ACCGCAACCUCCCACGCAACCAAUGCCACCAUCGCACUCAACGACCUUCCCUCACAACCACCCACAACAGCAUCCACCACAACCUCCACUGAGGAUGCUACCGCAGCCCCACCCCUCUCCAAAUCCAUGCAAAAGAAACUCCGCAAACAAGCCGAAUGGGACGCCAAAAAAGAAGACCGCAAAAUCUGGCGCAAAGAAAAGAAUAUCGCAAAAAAGGAGCGCAAACGCGAAGAAAAACGCUUGAACCCAGAAGCUUGGAAGGAAAAGCAAAAACAAUGGGUCAAACCCACCAUGCUUCCUAUAACGUUGCUCAUCGAUUGCGAUUUUGACAAUCUCAUGAGGGAUGGUGAACGUAUUUCUUUGGGAGGGCAGCUUACGAGGUGUUAUUCGGACAACAAGAACGCGCCGUUUAGAGCACAUUUGGCAGUGUGCAGUUUCAAUGGGAAGUUGAGGGAGAGGUUUGAUGGUGUGUUGAACAAGAGUUAUCAGAAUUGGAAGGGAGUGAGGUUUCUAGAUGAGGAUUUUGUGGUUGCCAGUGAGAAGGCGAAGGAGUGGAUGGCUGAUGAUAAGAAGGGUGGCAGACUGGCUGUCUACACAAAACCCUCCUCUCUACCUCCUGCGGAUUUCGAAAAGCUAAAAGCCCAAGCCGAAACAAUCUACCUCUCCGCCGACUCCGACUACACCCUCACCGAACUCCGCCCCUUCUCCACCUACAUAAUCGGCGGCCUCGUCGACAAGAACCGCGAAAAGGGCAUUUGCGCCGCUCGCGCCGCAGCCGCUGGCAUCAAGACUGCUAGAUUGCCGAUUGGAGAUUACUUGGCUAUGGCUAGCAGGAAGGUGUUGACGACUAAUCAUGUGCAUGAGAUUAUGCUUAGGUGGUUGGAAUGUGGAGAUUGGGGUGAGGCGUUUAUGAAGGUUAUACCCAAGAGGAAGGGUGGGCAACUCAAGGGGUAUGGUGGUGAGGGUGAGGAUGGAGAUGAGGGU